AUGUCCUCUCGCGACAGGACCCCCCCGAAGACGACCGGCCCACAGUCGAUACCUCUCCGAGAUCUCUCAAGACCACCCGACAGCGGAUCAGAUGAAAAUGAUCUUUCGAUCAGUGGAGGUUCAGGCCACAAGCCACGACAUAGUCGCACUAGGUCUUUGCUGAUGGGACGACGGACUCCCAAUUACGCGCGACUGAAUGACGAAGAGUCACCCGCAAGAGGAGGGCCCUCUUCACAGACUGUUGGAAUUUCCAUACGAGGAGGAAGCGGAGGGGAAUCCCCGAUUGAGGAUGUAGAGGGAUUUGCAGCGGCGACGGUGGGAUUGGACCUUCAGCUGCCUUCAACACCACCCAGUGUCGGACUACGACGACCGAGCAUCAUCACUACGCCUGCUGAUGGGGACCUUCAAGAUGUGGAAAGUCCCUUCUCACCUCCAGACACCGACACGACUCCUUUGACUUCCUCACGCCGCAUGCCGUCUUCUCUCAAGACAUCUAGUUCCGUAUCCAGAGGUCAGAGGCAUGACAGACAAGGAAAGAGGUCCAGUGUUCACUGGACGGAUGGCGAGUCUCCCGCCGCUGUGCGUGGGCGGAAUUCUCGCCUCGGAGAUGAUCUGCCAACACUCGAUACAAACGCUGGAAUGCAUCGCAAAUUGAGCUCUGCCAGUGGGAUCAGCCGUCUGACUGCCGGGCAAGGCGAAGCUGGCGAAAGAUCAAGGUCUCUAUCACCAUCUCCUUCCCCAAUGGCGAGGGCGAACUCCAUGCUGCGAGAGAUUUCACAGCGUGUGGUCAACCUGAGUAACGAUUCGGACAUGGUCGAGCAGAGUAUCCGGCGCAAGUCUUCUGUACGACAAUACCGGCGCCCGAGUGCUUCUACUCAUUCAAUACAUGAUGUUGGAGACGAAGAAGGGGCGGAACCGCAGCAAACUCCGCUCGAGAAGGUUGCGUCAACUGAAGUUGUUUCUGAACCUUUUACUCCGAUACUCCCUGUUCAUCACCAAAAUCCGCUUGUGGGCAAAACCUGGGGUAUUUUUGGACCAGAGAACCCUCUCCGAAAGUGGCUCUGUGAAGUCCUCGUCCAUCCGCUGACGGAACCCACAAUCUUGGCUCUGAUCAUCGCCCAGACAGUGUUACUGGCUGUCAAUGCGGCGUCCGAUGCUGUUUACCUGCAGACUCGGACGAAGAGGUGGGGAAGCACAGGCUUUGAUUAUGCCAUCUUCGCGCUAUUUGUGGUGUAUACAAUGGAACUUCUUGCCCGUACUAUUGUGUCUGGGUUUGUCUCGAACCCGCUGGAGUUUAGCACGAUAAAUCGGUCUGUUGGCUUCAAAAAGGCUGUUCUUCAAAAGGCUCAUACUCUGUUCGCACCACAGGAAGCCCGAGAGACGCCAAUGGCGGUCAACGACGCACCAACGCAACCUUCGAUUGUUCGUACCUUUACUGGUGUCCCUCAUCCUGGGGAGGCGGGAGGUCCAGGCCAUACGAAACAACAGCAAAGAAUACGUUUGGCCCGCCGUGCCUUUCUGCGACAUUCCUUCAACCGGCUCGACUUCGUUGCUGUUGUUUCCUAUUGGAUCUCUUUUGUAAUGCAGCUCAGCGGUGUCGAGAACUCUAGUCACGUUUAUGUCUUCAACAUGCUCAGCUGCCUCCGAAUCCUACGUCUCUUGGGUCUCACCGCUGGGACGUCAAUCAUCCUGCGGAGUUUGAAGAAAGCAGCCCCCCUUCUAGUUCAUGUCUCCUUUCUUAUAGGCUUCUUUUGGUUGAUCUUUGGCAUCGUUGGUGUACAAAGCUUCAAAUCGAGCCUGCGACGUACGUGUGUCUGGGUAGGGAAUGAUGGCUCCGGUCAAAACUACAGUCUCAAUAUCGCGCCAGACAACAUUCAAUUUUGCGGAGGCUACCUAGAUGCUGUAACGGGGAAAGCGAUGCCGUGGCUCAAAGCUGACGGUUCAAAUGGAACAGACAGCUCCAAAGGAUACAUCUGCCCUCAAAACUCUUUGUGCGUCGAGGGGUUCAGUGGCCCUUACAACGGUACAGUCAGUUUUGACAAUAUUGGCCAGUCACUGGAGCUCGUCUUCGUCAUAAUCAGUUCCAACACGUUUUCCGAUCUCCUUUACUACCUGACGGACUCCGACUAUCUUGCUGCAGCCCUUUUCUUCGCAGCCGGCAUUGUCGUUCUGAGCUUAUGGCUCGUUAACUUGUUGGUUGCGGUCAUCACCUCUUCAUUCCAGAUCAUCCGCGAAGAGAGCAAGCAAAGCGCCUUUACGGCUGACAAAAUCGACGGGCCACUUUUCGACGAGGACCAGAUGGAGAAAAGGAGCCAAUUGAAGAGAAUCUACGACAAAACCCAUCUCUUUUGGGUCUCGAUCAUCGUAUUUGACCUGGUUGUCCAGAGCCUGCGAAGUGCAAGCAUGAGCGAUAGCCGCGAGACUUUUAUCAUGGAUACCGAAACGGUCGUCACAUUUCUCCUGCUUCUGGAGAUUAUUUUGCGCUUCUUGUGCGACUGGAGGCAUUUCUUCCACGGGAAGAGGAACUAUGUUGAUCUUUUACUUGCCAUUAUCACUACAGUUACGCAAAUUCCCGUCAUUCGCAAUUCGGGUCAGCCGUACGCAUGGCUUUCAACAUUCCAAAUAGCGCGUAUCUAUCGAGUCGUCCUCGCGGUCAGGGUCACCAGAGAACUGGUCAUGGUUGUGUUUAGCAACAUCAUCGGUCUUUUGAACCUGAUCCUGUUUGUAUUCCUGUUCACUUUCCUGGCCGCCAUUCUUGCGUCGCAACUAUUCAGGGGGGAUAUUCCAGCAGCCGAUGCCGGGGGUGAGGUGAUCGCUGUAACAUUCUUCGACAUCUGGAACUCCUUCCUGGGAAUGUACCAAGUGUUUUCGAGUGAGAAUUGGACAACUCUGAUGUACAAUGCUACCCAAUUCAACGACAUCUGGGAUACAGCGUGGCUGAGUGCGAUAUUUUUCAUCCUCUGGUUCGUCGUCUCAAACUUGAUUGUUUUGAAUAUGUUUAUUGCUGUCAUCCAAGAAAGUUUCGACGUGUCUGAGGAUGAGAAACGUCUGCAGCAGGUGAAGUCGUUCUUGAAGCAGAAGGAAAUGACUGGCGCAGCUUCUGGGAACCUCUCACUCGCCGCAGUCUUCAAAAUGGGACGUGAAUCAAUCAGACACCGUGAUGCACUCGAAUAUGGCUCGGCAACAGUUGAACAGCUCCUCAAGGAGGCUGUCGUGAAGGACUUCCUGGACGAACAAGACGACGGCCUUGAGCGGAGGACGACCUCCAUGCACCUCGAUGAACUGCCAACUGUCAAACCUGGCAUCCUGUCCCGAUGCUGGGGCAAAGUAACUGGGUUCUAUGCAUCAGCAGAACCCAACCCGUUCUAUUCGAGUGCGAAAAUUACCAGGGCAAACGAGGAGUUUGAUCCUCGAGCUGUGGCAAAAAGAGUGGUCACGACAACUGAGAACCGUCGCCGUGCUCAGCGCCAAUAUUUGCAAAAGCACCCGAACUAUAACGUGUCCUUGUACAUCUUCAAACCAGAUAACCCGGUGAGAAAGCUGUGCCAAUAUAUCGUCGGUCCUGGCCGAGGAUCUGAGCGUGUGGAGGGCGUCUCGCCGUACAGGCCUGCCUGGUAUGCCUUCUCUGCCUUCACAUACGCAGCUAUCGUCGCGAUGGUCAUCUUAGCUUGCAUCACCACCCCCCUGUAUCAACGCGAUUAUUACUUGAAUAAUACGCUCAGCAUCACCAAUUGGUUUGUUUGGACCGACUUGGGUUUCGCGAUACUCUUCACAGUCGAGGCGAUCAUCAAAAUUAUUGCGGAUGGACUUUUCUUCACGCCACAUGCCUACUUUCGGAGCAUAUGGGGUUUCAUUGACGGUGUGGUCCUCAUCACGCUUUGGAUCAAUGUUGUUACUGCUAUGUUCCGCGACGAUGGCGUUUCCCGAGCUGUCGGCGCCUUCAAAGCGCUGAGAGCGCUGCGCUUGCUCAAUAUUAGCGACACUGCACGAGAGACAUUUUACUCGGUCAUUAUUGUGGGCGGAUACAAAGUCCUUGCUGCCGCGUUUGUUUCCAUGAGCCUGCUCAUUCCGUUCGCAAUUCUUGGAGUCAACCUGUUUAACGGCAAAAUGCUAGCUUGCAAUGACGGAGAUUUCGGCUACAGUACCUUGAGCAAUUGUGUGGGAGAGUACAACUCUACUCCUUUCAACUGGCCUGUACUGGCUCCUAGGCAGGUUGCAAACUCGUGGUUCGACUUCGAUGACUUUGGCAGCGCUUUGUUCAUUCUUUUCCAGAUCGUCUCUCAAGAAGGAUGGGUCAAUGUGAUGUGGUCCGGCACGAGUAUCACUGGCACGGGAUUACAGCCAGAACCAUUUGCCGCACAGGGAAAUGCGGUCUAUUUCAUCGUCUUCAAUUUGUUGGGAGCUGUCUUUGUCCUGACCCUGUUCAUCUCUGUGUUUAUGCGAAAUUACACAGAGCAGACAGGCGUCGCUUUUUUGACGGCCGAACAACGGUCGUGGCUCGAACUGCGCAAGCUUCUGAAGCAGAUAUCUCCAUCCAAGAGAUCUCUCGGUGAGCAGACCAGUAAAUGGAAGAAAUGGUGCUAUGACCUGUCGAUACAGAAACGGGGCAAGUGGCAAAGGUUCAUUACCACGAUAUUGGUCCUUCACCUGAUUCUCCUCACCAUCGACUUUUAUCCAGAGCCAGCGUGGUGGGAAACGGUGCGGGAAUACAUUUUUCUAGGCUUCACGGUUGUGUUGAUCGCCAAUAUCAUCAUCAGGAUCAUUGGGCUUUCAUGGAAACGGUUUCGCCGGAGCUCCUGGGACAUCUAUUCGAUCAUUGCGGUGUCAGGGAUCUUCGUGACGUUGCUGAUCUCACUGUCCAAGGUCAACAGCGGAGGUUUCCAGCAGCUGACCAAGCUGUUCCUUGUCUCAGCCGCCUUUCUCCUGAUCCCGCGAAACAACCAGCUUGACCAACUGUUCAAAACUGCCGCCGCCUCGCUCCCGCUGAUUGCCAAUCUGCUGGCGACGUGGUUUGUUCUGUUUCUUGUCUACGCGAUUGCCUUGACCCAAGCUUUUGGACUCACGCGUUUUGGAGAAAACGAGAGCAACAAUGUCAACUUCCGCACCGUUCCGAAGGCCCUCAUCCUCCUGUUCCGGACCAGUAUCGGAGAAGGCUGGAAUCAAAUCAUGGAGGAUUAUGCCGGACUUGAACCGCCUUACUGCGUGAGGGAAGAUAGUUUCUUCGCGAGCGACUGCGGCAGCUCCGGCUGGGCCCGGGCACUGUUCAUCUCCUGGAAUAUUAUCAGCAUGUACAUCUUCGUGUCUCUGUUUGUCUCGAUGAUCUUCGAGAGUUUUUCGUAUGUGUACCAGCAGAGCAGUGGCAUGUCUAUUGUGAGCCGAGAUGAGAUUCGCCGCUUCAAACAAGCAUGGGCAGAAUUUGACCCGAACGGAACCGGUUUCAUCACGAAGGAGCAGUUCCCUCGACUCCUAGGGGAACUAUCCGGGAUCUGGCAGAUGCGAAUAUACGACGGUGACUUCACUGUGGGCGCCAUCAAAGAGGACUGCUCAGUGCAGCCGGGUGACCCUCUCAAACCAACGAGAAGAAUUGUGGAUGGCCUGGAUCUCGACAAAUUGGCGGACCGCAUCAAUCAAAUCCCCGUGGCAGAAAUUCGGCAGCGACGUGCACGGAUUAACGUCUUCUAUCAAGAGGUCAUGUUGACGGCGGAUGCAGACCGCGGCAUUCCUUUCACGGCGGUGUUGUUCCUCUUGACGCACUACAACGUAAUUACGGAUUCUCGAAGUCUUCGAUUAGAAGAGUUCCUUCGGCGACGAGCGCGACUUCAGAGAGUUCAAGAAAGCAUCCGCAGAAAUACUGUGGUCGGCUUCUUCGACACAUUACAUUGGUCUCGAAAGUUUCGGAAAGCCGUCGAACGGCGCAAGAGCGCACGCCUGGCCGCGCCACCUUCUAUUCCUGUUCCCGAAAUCUUUAUUGAGGAUCCAGAUGACAAUAUUGAGGUGGCAGGCAGCAGCAGCACGGAGCCACGCGAUUUCACUUCAUCCACGCCCUCGUAUACCCGGAAGAGACCGUCAGUCAGCCUACCACCCAUUGACACAUCCAUGCCUCCUCCUUCCGGAGCUCUAAGGACGGCGUCGCCGGUGGAAUUCGAGGGCUCACCUCACAGCAGCCCGGUUCGGUCGAGGUUAGGAUCCGUGGAUACUGCCUACCACGGAGCAACGAGAUCGUCUCCAACGACGCCCACGCUAGGUCACAGUCGACACAACAGCACCGCCGACGGGCUAGACGGGCAGGACAUGCUGGAAAGCUUUGGCAACUCUGCAUGGGGUGAGAGUCUACGCAGGAGCUUUACCAGCAGGCGAACGCGGAGCAACAGCACACGCGGAUGA